AACUUAAUUUCCCAAAAUCUUCUGAAAUUAGAUUUAAAACAAUAUAAUCCAUUAAGAAGUGGACAAAAUACUUCACAAACAUUAUUGUUAUUGUUUUUCACAGAAUACCAAACCUUGAGAAAAGGUCAAAGGUCAUUGGUCGAAAAGCAAUAUUCAAGUUUGGUUCCGAAUUCUUUUAGAAAUCAUCACGAAAAGACACCGAAUUGUGUUUUAUCAUUUUGCUAAUUCAGGUUUACCAAAGGAUUUUUCUAAACAUAUUUCUCAAUCAUCGACAUAUAUAGAUAUUAAAAUCAAAGAAUAUAAAAUAAUCCACAUAUUGAAAAGUUGGAUAUAUUGCAAGUAGAAUCUCUUAGUUUGUGAAUAUACAAAGAAAAAUUUGCUUCAAAAUUAAGUUACGGAAAUCUUUUAAAUUACUGGAAGGCUAUCAAAUGGAGCAAAAUUUUCUACGGUUGUAAGUUCACUAUUUUAGGUCCUCAAUUAAUUGAGGCUAAUUUGUCUUUUUGCAAUCUCAUAUAUUCAGCUUAUUGCUCGCUCAUAGCACCAAAAUACCCUUUUCCCACACACACGCUCUCUCUAACCCCUGUUUAUUUUCUCUCUCCAACUUUCCCCUUAGAGACUCCUCUUGUCUCUGACUAGGGCUUCUCUCUUAAAACAACAAAAGAAUCUCAAUAAUUGAAGAUCCUCUUGAGGAUUUUCCAUCUCGUCAUCCUAUCAUAGUUAAGACACAAAAGAGAGAAACAAAGAAGAGCAAACAAUUCUGUGUAGUUAUCAAAGGGACUUACUCUUGUUGCUCCAUCGAAAGGGUAAAUAUAACCAAAAAAAAAUGUCGUCAUCGUAUUCGAGCUAUACAAACUCACCGUGUGCGGCAUGCAAGUUCCUCCGCCGGAAAUGCACUUCAGACUGCGUAUUCGCACCAUAUUUUCCGCCAGAGGAACCUACAAAGUUUGCGAACGUCCACCGGAUAUUCGGGGCAAGCAACGUGAGCAAGAUCCUCCAGGAGGUGGCGCCACAUCAACGAGAAGACGCAGUGAACUCGCUUGCUUACGAAGCGGAAGCAAGGCUAAGAGAUCCGGUUUAUGGUUGCGUUGGGGCCAUCUCGGUGCUCCAAAGACAGGUCUUGGGGCUGCAAAGGGAACUAGAGGAGACUAAUGCUGAUAUCAUGAGGUACGCUAGUUGCCUUGGUGGUGAAACAUCGUCGGUUUAUGGAGCCCGGAGAGGUUGACUGGUCAACGAGAAAUCUUCGAAUAUAUGUUGAUGAGAACAUCCGUCCAUGUAUAUGUGUAUGCUUAUUUGUAAUAUGCAUAUGCGUAUGUAUAAUUUAAACUGUAUUUUAUUUUACAUGGGAGGUCAAAGGAUAUUUGUGAAUAUGCCAAACAAGCAAAUAUAGUAACUGAUGUAUAUGUGGUUGUGUUUGCUUAAUUAUAACUUGCAUUUUAUAA